AUGAAUGUCCUAAACGGCAUACUCACGGACCUUUAUAUGGUCUUCCUCAUCCUAGCGAUAUGGGAAAUGAUUUUCGGGCACGAUUUGCUAUUUCAGCCGGCACGAGUUGCACUUGCAGCAAUCACAGUGGUAUUAUUGAUACUCGUACAUUUUUUGCGUUGGCCUAGGAGUAUUCAUCCCGCUUGAGCUUAUGAUGGUGAUACUCUUCAUCUGUCUUGUAAGUGAAAGUGACUGGUACAACAGUCUUCAUCUUGUACUCCGCUACUCCGAUUCUCAGGUUCUUCUUUUCUCAAUACCAUAUCGAAGCUUGACGAGUGGGAACACUGAAGUUACACCGGGCGCGGCUCAGCGAAGAAGGCCAGUCGUAGCCGGAGCCCCUGGUCUUCCUAGAGUGGAAAAGUACACCAAAACCGGGAGCAUAAAUGGACUCGAGUACUGACAUGGCUUUUUUCUUCUUGUUAAACCGAGUGUGAACAAGUUGAAUUUACAUUGAGCUACUUCGUUUAAUAAGAUUAAAUGUUUCCAUUAUUGAAAAAAUUAACUUGAGGGCGUAGCCAGCUGCACCCACAUUUUUUUACUAAAUGAGCAUAAUCUUAAUCACUUGCCUCCAGUUAUGCGUCAUCAGAAAUGCAAGGAUGGCGACCAGCGAUGGAGGAUGCUGGAUGCGCGCAGGAUUUAGCGCAUGCAAAACUUCCCUGUCUCCAGGAAUGGGCUUUCUUCGGAGUCUUUGAUGGGCAUGGAGGUAAUCAGAUUUUAGCGAGGUAGGGGAGGUUCUUGGUGGGCAUUGAGUUGUAUCUUCAUCAGGACCAUUGAAUGAUAGAAUUUUGUUGUUGUAUACCUCCUUGUCCUCAUAGUUCGUGUUGAAUGAAGAUAGUCAUGGUGUCCUUCCCAAGUAGGUUCUUUUUCUCCAUACGUAUACCUUUCAUCAUCUAACAUCCAGGUGCUGCUGUGUCAAAACGAAUAUCGACAGAACUCUGCAAUCACUUCGUGGAAAUAUGUAGAGAUAGUCACGAAAAAGCGGCAUCUGUAUCACCUAGCGACGUGAAGUAUGCCCUUGGAGAAGCGUACUUGCUGACUUACUGUCUUAUCUCUAGCUCUACAGCACUGUCUAUCAACGUGAGAAAUUUUGAUGGAUUCUAGGCAUGCAUAUUUUCUUCGUCGUCUUCUACCUCGCUACGAAAAGAAAUGCCAAUACAUACAGAACAGAUUGUACUUAUCACGCUAAAAGACAUAAUUUUUAUACUGCCAUCACAUAUUUUUUGUGAUUACAACUACAAACGACAGAUUCGCGCGUAUGGACUUGUCUUUACGACGAGACAGUCAGAGCGGCGAGUUCGACUUUGUCGGGUCAACCGGAAUAUUAAGGCUGGUUCUCUACCUCUAAAGUUAAUAUCUCUUCAUAAAUGGACUUCGCUUCAACAUGGCUGCUCAUUUUUUGAUAAUUAAUGAAGUUUUUAUUGAUGGCGUGUUUGAUUCCAACGAAGAAUAAUUAAUGUCGUUACAAUGAGAAUGAGUAGCUAUUCCGUCUCUAAGAAAGGUGGUCGUGUUGAACAACAAGGAUCUCGUCUGCGCAAACGUGGGAGACUCUAGAGCCCUCUUGGCAAGAGCUGAAAAAGUAGUAUCGCUCUCAGAGGACCACAAGCCCGAAAUGCCCAGCGUAUAAUUACAGAUUAGCUUAUGCUUUGCAUACUCUUGUUCAUGUUCAGCUUCAUUUAGAAACUUCUUCAACUACGUAGUUGUAAGUUGUAGCACACUAAAAUUAGAAUCUGCAUUGCGUUGCAUAUGACCACGCACUCACUCUCACAGGAACGAAAAAGGAUAGAAAAGGCCGGUGGAUCAGUUUCACAAAUAGGACCGUGUUAUCGAGUAGACGGCUGGGGUCUGAACUUGUCUCGAGCCUUCGGAGAUUUUCAUUAUAAGAGCAGGCCCGACCUCGAACCAUGGGAACAAAAGGUAAAGCGACAUCCAGUCGUAAUUCUUCUAGCAAAUUUCAAAAAUAUUCCCGAUACUCUACGUAUGAUCACUCUAAAAGUGUCAUCCUGCUCUGGUUCUAUAAGUGGUGCCUCAACCCGGACCCCGUCUUCGUCUUGGUACUGAUGAUCAGCAUAAGUUUUAUUCCUCUACUACUUUUCGUUUUCCAACUCCAAUCAAAAUGAAGGUUUCCGCUGAACCAGAAAUAAGGACAUUAGCAUUGGAGCACGACAAAGAUAGCUAUCUAGUCCUAGGCUGCGAUGGCGUUUUCGAGCUCCUGAAAAACCAAGACGUUAUCGAUUUCGUACUAGAAGCUCGUGAGUUUUUUUGACAACUAGAACCGACUUUUCCAGCUCCACUUUUACAAGAAAUAGAAAGAUGAGUUAAGUAGAAGUAAAUGUAAACUACAUGAUACAUUGUGGUCGUCUACUUUGGUUUAAAAUCCUUAUCCAGGUCUGCGAAAACACCAAGGGAGGUCAUGCGUCACUGAGCAGUGUGGUGGAGUCGCUAUUGGACCAGUGUAUAUCACCGAAUCUUCUGGUAACACAGGGCAAGGGCGGCGACAAUGUGAGUGCUAUCGUCAUACGCAUGCCAGGCGCGUUGAAAAGGGCUCAGUUAAGGCCAGUUUAUUAUAAAUAUUCUUCUGUCAUUGUCAAGACUCAAAAAUAUUAUUGACAUCAAUUUCAUAGAAAGUGAACAACUCCUUGAUGACUUCAAAUCUCAGAAGUAGACGAGGAAACCAAGUAAUAGCUCUAAGUCGUGCAUUGGCAGGAGGGCAGGUAGGUCUCGCCGAAAACUCAGCCGCGCAUGCAGCUGUGGAUAGCAACACGCGAUCGAGCGACACUGUCGGGGAACAUGAAGCGGGAGAGCCACUGGCAAAUGGUGGCGACAUGGACAUGGACAUGGAAGACGGAGACGAGAAGAGUAAGGAUGAUUGAUGUCUUGAUGUAUUUUUUUGAUUUCAUGUUUGCUAGCGGUUGAAGGGUUUUUACAACACGUCGCAGAUGAUUCAGAGGAAGACCUAUACUUAUACAUAGAUACUUCUCCGAAGACACGAUCAAAUUAGUCUGCUGUUGAAGUAGUCCUUCUCCCUUUGUCCUCGUGUUGUAAGUUGUAGUCCCGAGUCAAUUGAAUCGUAUUUUUCAUUCUAAUUAUAUGUAAGGCCCUCAGCCUCACUCUCUGAAGAUCGCGCGAAACGCACACAUAAGUAGGAAACAAAUGAAUUCUCCGCCUUGCGCUUUUGUUUUCGUCUUAGACAGAAUUCUUUUUUAGAUGUUUUGGAGCUCUGUAAUUUAUCUUGUUACACAAUUUCGCUCUGCCAAUCUGAUGUUCAUGUCUGUGCGGAUGAAAUAGAAUAGCAUAUGAUAAGUUGUACACUCGUCGUCGUCUUUCACCGCAAGAAUUUCCUAGUAUCACCGAGUCUUCCCCUGCCUUGCCCCGUCCCAUCCCUUUAUGAAUACUUUUUUUCGAGAUUUGGAGAAGAUUGGACUUGGAGUAAAGAAAUGGAGACACACGGAGCAGAUGGCACAGCUGAUGAUAGAAUCACUAGAAAAUGAAGAGUGGUCCUGUACCUGCUGAUGCUGUUGUUUGAGCAUUAUACGCAAAGUUGGACUUCAGGAGGUGUGCCUAAGGUUACUAACUUUUAAUCGCUCCUACUAGUAGACAGAGUACUUGAUGAAUAUUCAUCUGAUCCAGGUCCAGCGUCACCGGUCACAAUCUUAAUAAAUAUGUUCUGGCUCUAGUUAGCGCAGCAUGAUGGCUACUUCUCCACCUGCUCUACUAUGUAUACUUUGGUGGUCGUGUUACGCUUAGAGCAAUGUCGUUUUAGUCGUGGAGCGACGCUCCUCGUCUUCCCCAAAAGGACUACGCCGCGAUCAUACAUCAUUGCUACUUUUUCGAAACAUUUUCAGAACACACAAAUCAAUUUGUAUUUCCUUCGUGCAAGAGGACACUCGACAAUGAAUGAAGGAAGCCAGUCCCAGCUGUACUUGUCAUUGUCUCAAGAUGAAGGUGGCAACUACCGACCGAAGAUGACGUUGUACGAUUUUCAUGUGCUGAUGGAAAUGGAUGGGCCCUUCCCGUCCCCAACAUAUAUUAACCCUAUAGAUGCAACAACCUCCUAUGAUUUCUGCCGCUCCCUCACAUGUAAAGAAAAAUACGAAAAGAGGUCCCCUGCUC